GUGGCAUUUCCCUUUCUUCACUGGUUCCCCCGGCAUACUCUCACUCACUCUCUCCCUCUGUCCCUCCUCGUCGUUCUCCCGUGUCCGCCGUGCACUGUCUGUCUCUGGUGGCGGCGACUGGGCGGCCUCCGCCGCUGCCCUACGCCAGGAUCCCAGGCUGCAUCUUCCGUACGCCAGCCUCAUGGCAGAGCCGUUUCUUGAUCUGAGCAGGGGCGAACUGUUUGCAGGAGGAGGGCCUCGCCGCAGGUUGGGUGGGAGGCGGAGAUGAGCCGGGGGCGGUCGCCGGAGCCGCUGGAUUUCUUCAUCUGGACUGUGCAGGAUGUAGGGUUAUGGUUGGAGGAAAUAAAUCUUGGAAGCUACCGCCAGGCUUUUGAAGAAAAUGGUGUCAAUGGAGAGUAUCUAGAAAGCCUGUCGGUGUUCACCACUGAGCAGAUUCUUCGCUUUAUAAGACGAUGCCAUAUGAAAUGGGGAGAUUUUAUCACCCUCUGUAAAGAGUUGAGACGCAUCAAAGUUGCCUGCCUGAAAGGGGAGCAGGAGGUCCGCAGGCCGUGGUGGGCGCCGUCAUGCCUGUCGGUCGUGUUCACGCGGGUGGCCAGGCACAACCGGCAGUCCCGGGUCGUUUCCUUGAAGCUGGAAGCUUAGCAAGUUAGCAGGCUCGCCCUCAGCCAGUGGAACUGGCAGAGUCCCGCGUCGUCUCCAGAUGCUGGAAGCUUAGUAGCAGGCUCGCCGUCAGCCACCUUGCAGUAGCAGGCUCGCCGUCAGCCACCUUGCCUCGCGCCUUGGCGCGCUGCCGCCAUCCCCGUCGUUCCAGUGUCGUAGGGCACACGAGCUAGGGCGCCUCUCUCUGUGUACCAUAUAGCAAGCAGCAAUGGGUCUCAGUGUUCUUGAAAGGUGCUCUCGCGUUACAGUCGUCGUGUGUUGGCAUGCGUGUGUUUUCGUUGAUUUGUUUAUUUUCUUCACGUAUAGCUAGGGGUUGUGGGUUUGAGUUCGAGAUGGUAAGAUGUUGUAAUGUAGACGAUGAAUAUACGUAUGCUUUGCGUGUUGUGCAGAUGGCUGCUGUUUAAAAUGGCCCCCUUUUUGCUUAGCUACGAGAGAAAAGAGAUGGCAUUGCUGGGAA